AUCGCCGUGAUGAUAGUCUCGGUCGCGAGCGCUACCGCGCGGCGCUUGCUCAAAACUGAAGGCAGGCCAACUCCGCUGGGAGCGCGAGCCAUUCCCCAGGCAUUGUUUAGGGGAGGCGUUGCCUACACCAUAGUGCCCGUGCAGUAACGUUGCUGGCUGUUGAAGGUUUGUGUAUAGUCUGUCGCCAUAACAACAUCCAUGGUACGGAGCGCAACAUGAGGGGAACGUGAAAGCCCGUAGAUUUCGUACGUGGUCUGCGUCAACGAAAAACGAACGUGGAACGGCUGCAGGAAAGAAUGCAGUUGCAGAAACGCUAAAGCUAUGGACACCGCAGAUACCGAGUUGGUGGAAGAUGAACCUCAAUACCCGCGGCAAACAUACGUGGACAUUGAGGCCGUCAACAGCACGCUAACUGAAGUCCAUCAGCAGUACAACCAUCUGCUACUCAAGUACUCCAAUGCCCUAAAUAUAAUUGAUGAGCUUAAAUGCCAGCUGGCUUGCGGGAUCGGCCAAAGAAUUGGCGGUGCCAGGGGCGAGACCUAUACAUUAGGACUUCGGAGGGAUGUACACUUUCUCGAUAAUCAUGUGCGGAAACGGGAGCCAUUGCCACCAGCAGCGGGCAAACGAAACUCAGAUUUGGUUACGCCACGGCAAUCUCGAGAUUACAGCGUGCCGAGGAGGGCAAUCGUGAGCGAUUCGGACUUUGGCCGAGUGCUGCCUGUUGAUAAGAAACAGCUGAUCGCUACUGGAGAGCGUACUUUUCAACCAAAUAAUAAUGCGCGAGAAUCGGCGGGAGAAAUCGAAGCGGUGAGAAAACCGACAAGCAGUUGUAUGGGUGCCAUACUCGACCCUGCGAACAAGUUCGUUUCAUACACUGCGAACGUGGAGGAAAUACCUUCGGACGUUGGCCGAGUGCUGCCUGUAGAUAAGAAACAGCUAAUCGCUACUGGAGAGCGUACUUUUCAACCAAAUAAUAAUGCGCGAGAAUCGGCGGGAGAAAUCGAAGCGGUGAGAAAACCGACAAGCAGUUGUAUGGGUGCCAUACUCGACCCUGCGAACAAGUUUGUUUCAUACACUGCGAAUGUGGAGGAAAUACCCCAGCCAUCAUCACCCCCAUGCGCCUAUGACAGCAGUCGCAGGGGACAUUCCAGCCACAAAAAGAUUGCUGAACUGCAGCCCAAGUACCACCAGGUCGCUGUCGUAUAUCCGGCGCGGCGCAGCGCAGAGUUGUGUACCGGCUGCUGCAUAGCACAUUCCUGUUGCUGCUGUCAGCACACUGCAGAACCCCAAAAAUCUAUACACCACGUACAGGCUCCCCACUCCUCAUGUUGCUACAGUGCUGGCCUCGAUGCAAAGUUCACACAUCUUUUAAGAAAAGGUCUCUGCAGUGGUACCAGUACAGCACCCGAUGUUGCACUAUUUAAGGUUUCAUCAGCUUUGGACACAGCCCUCAAGCUUGCUGCAGAGUUGAAGAAAAGCUCAUCAUCUCUCCUUCAACAACUGUAGGGCCAGCUGUAGUGAUAUUUCUAUGCCAGGGGUCUCAAACUCUCCUCAGCUAGUGUUGUGCAGUCUGUAAACCCCGGGACAGUGAAUAAGGUUGCAGACAUGGGGAGAAGGUGCACAAAAUGCUAGCUGACAUUGCCCAAGGCCUUUCUUACCCAUAUAUAUGGGUCAUUUCUAAAGUUACAAUCUUUGUCUAGGGUGACUGAAUUCUUAAUGUUCAUUCUGAAGUAAAAUACUGUCUUUGUUCUAAAGUUAUGCCUUAACACAUGGGACUCUAUGGGAUGCCUCAUGAACUAACUAAAAGUUUCAGGCCAUGUCAAAAAGAGUGGGUGUGCAAUCUAAUUGGGAUAAAGACAACUAGUGAGAACUCCACAGGAAGUCUGUGUUUGAGACCUCUGUUUUAUGCUUUACUUACCUACAUGUGUGAAUUCCCAUGAGAAAGAGGCCUGCUGCUUACAGUAAAUUGCCUCAAUAUUUAUUUACACUGUUUAUUAAUCUGGCUGCACUCAAGACCUAAGAAGAACACAAAAUGUGCCAAACUUGACAAUAGAUUAAGUCGUGCUGCCAUAUUUUUUUCUGACAGAGAGUGAUUCCUUUAUUUGUUUUACAUUGCUGAAAUUGUAGAAUAAAACAAUUUUUUUAGACAA